UCAUGCUGCUGCCAGGUCCAGAGUGUGUCAUGGGUCCCUGUACGGCCUCCCAUUGCUGCUGUCUCCAUCGCCACACUCUGCCAUGUGCCACUUUCAGGUCUCCUCACACUGCUGGUGGGUUCCAUUUUGUCAUAGGGUGCUGGCAGAUUACGGGCCUCCCAUUGCUGCUGCCAGGCCCGUAAUCUGCCAUGGGCCCCCGUACCGCCUCCUCAUGCUGCUGCCAGGUCCAGAGUCUCUCAUGGGUCCCUGUACGGCCUCCCAUUGCUGCUGUCUCCAUCGCAACACUCUGCCCAUGUGCCACUUUCAGGUCUCUUCACACUGCUGGUGGGUUCCAUUUUGU